GUCUAUGCAAUCAUUGUCCCCAACAUUACAUCACGUGUUGCGAAACAUCUGAUCCACUCCUUCAUGACGAUGUCGGCCACCAAUGCCUUCUUCCUCACUCUCGUCCGACACGGCCAAACAGUGGCCAAUCGCGUGAAGAUAAUUCAGGGUCAGAGCGACACCAAACUCAGUGAUAUAGGGGUCAAACAGGCGGCACAGUUGGCUCAGCACUUGGAUUGCACCCAAUUUGACAUCAUCUUCGCCAGUGAUUUGAGCCGAGCCUUGGAUACGGCGAAGAUUGUGGUCAAGAGUAAUGAUCGCAUCCAAACAGAUGUUCGACUUCGAGAGCGAAGUUUCGGUGUAAUAGAGGGACAGUCUCUCGAUGUACUUAAGGCCGAAGCGACCAAACAUGGCUUCCCUGCCAACAAAUUGUCUCAAUUUACUCCGGAAGGCGGCGAAACUCCUCAACAGGUGACCGACAGAGUGGUCGACUUCUUGAACAACCAUUUGUUGAAAUUGGUGUCAAACGAGUCGCGAGUAUUAAUCGUAAGCCACGGAGGAGUGACGCGAGAGAUCAUGAGAUUCAUUCACAAUGGACUCAAAUGUGACUUCAAGGGACAGACGCCUAACAUAAUCACUCCA